AUGGUUAAUAGAGAUCAAAAUGCAGAUGAAGUAACCCAUAGGGUUAGACAAGAUAACAUGGUGGCUGAAAAUAACUUAACUACCAUGAUCGAAAGAAUCAUGGCCCAGAAUGGUAUGAACACAGGGCUUCGAAGCCCAAAUUAUACAUCUCCUUUAGCAGACUCUAUCUUACAAACUGAAUUGCCAAGGGGUUGUAAAAUCCCUAAAUUUACAAAAUUUUCAGGGGAUACUAGUGAAUCAACUGUCAAACACAUAGCCAUGUAUUUAACUGAGGCAGGGGAUUUGGCGAACAGGGAAAACUUGAGGAUAAAAUAUUUUCCUAGUUCGUUAACAAAGAAUGAAUUUACAUGGUUCACUACUUUGCCACCAAAUUCUAUAGAUACAUGGCCUUAUUUAGAAAGAUUAUUCCAUGAGCAAUUUUACAUGGGGCGGACUAAGAUAAGUCUUAAAGAAUUGGCUGAAAAGGCCAGAGCAAAUAAGAGUUAUAAAAAAGAAAGGGUGGCUUAUGUCGAAGCCGAAGAUGAAGAAUUCGAAACCUUCAAUGAUUCCUAUAGUUUUGAGGAAGUUGAAGUAGAUUUGGCUGAAUUAAAAGAGGCACCUCCAUACUCUUGUAAAAUGCUCACACCUUCGAAUGGCAAGAACCCUGUCGAAGUAGAAAAGAAUGAUAAAUUUCCCAAGAAACAUGCACCUUCGAUGGAUCUCAUUCAGAAUGCUAUUAAGGAUGGACGUUUGAAGUUCGCUGACAAAGCGAAAAGCCAUAUGAAGGUUGAUGUUGAUCCCUUUCAUGUUGCAGAUACCAACUAUACUGAACCUGUGGAGAUCAACAUGGUGGACAUGGUCGAAGUUGGAGAAAAUGAAGCCAAGAAAUUGGAAGUUGUCUCAACAGGAAAGCAGGCUACUAAAAGCCUACCUAACAACAUUGCCUUCAACACUGAUGUCGAAGGUUUUUCUGCAGAAAAGUUUGAACCAAAGACUAUUGAAGGCCUUGUGGGAAAGAUGAAUGAGGCUACUGAAGGCCUCAGAAUGAAGUUUGAGAAAGUGAGGAUUUCUAAAAUUCCUGCCUUAGGAGUUAACAUGGUAGACCUGAACCUACCAGCGCCAGAAAUGGGGGAAUUAUAG